GACAAUGAACCUCAAAUCUGCUACAACCCAUGCGUAUUACAUGUGAGGCCCCCACCUCAUCUGCAUGCAUGCCCACCACCUGUUCAUGCUAUCCAAUAACCCAUUUCACGUUUUUGUGACCCGAAACGGAAAAAAACGUUGCAGAAACCGACCACUCAGAGGAGUCAAACAUAUUCGUGACUUUCGUCCACCUCUAAUCCGAACCGUCCAUUUUGCCCAAUCGUAAAUAGAGCGCAUCGAGCCCAAUAGUGUAUGAUUGAGAAAAUUAAACUCCUUCUUAAUUAGCGGGGGUUUCAAAAUAAUGUCCGGCCUAUCUCCGCCGUCGAUUUAGCAUACUGCUUUUGUAGUAGUUACAAAUCUCUCUCUCUCUCUCUCUCUCUCUCACACUGGAUUCGCGGCGUCAAAAUCAGUACCUUUUUUUCUCUGAACAGAGAGAAAUAUGCUGUCUCCCACUCCGCUCUCCCUCUUUUGCGCUCUGCUGCUCUGCUUACCCGUCGCCGUUGUCUUCACCGUCAAAAGCCCCGCCGCCCCCACCGCCACAACCUCCAUCACCAUUGAUAGCAAUGAAAACCCACCUACCAUUAUCUUACCCAUUACUCACAGCACCAAAAUCAACCAGGAAAUGGGGCGCGAACAACCCAGUACUACCGCUGCACUACCACUACCGCCGCCGCCAAACGAUGACGAGCCACUCUUGCAUGUUGCGUCGCUUGUGAACUCGAAGCCCGGGCCACCCACUUCACCGAAAAAGCUAGCUUUCAUGUUCCUAACCACCGUUUCUCUCCCAUUUGCGCCGCUCUGGGAGCUCUACUUCAACCAAACCAGCAAAAACCUCUUCAACAUCUACAUCCACGCCGAUCCCACUCACCGCUACAACCCGCCAUUCUCGGGCGUGUUUGCUGGCCGAGUCAUACCCUCCAAACCCGCCAGCCGAUUCACCCCAACUCUCACCUCGGCGGCGCGUCGCUUGCUGGCCCACGCUCUUCUUCACGACCCCUCCAAUGCCAUGUUCGCCCUGCUCUCUCCCUCCUGCAUACCCCUCCACUCGUUCAACUUCACUUACAGGACUCUGAUAAGCUCCAAGAAGAGCUUCAUUGAGAUCCUGAACAACGAGGGUGGGGCUUACGGUAGAUGGGCGGCGCGUGGGGAGGACGCGAUGCUGCCGGAGGUGAGGCUGGAGGACUUUCGAAUAGGGUCGCAGUUUUGGGUGCUGACACGUAAGCACGCCAGGCUUGUCGCGUGUGACCGCAGGGUUUGGUCCAAGUUCAGGCUGCCGUGCGUGCGGUGUGACACGUGUUACCCCGAGGAGAACUACUUUCCCACACUGCUCAGCAUGCGGGACCCGCGGAGGUGCGUGCCAGCGACGCUCACGCACGUGGACUGGAGAGGCCGGUUCGAUGGUCACCCUCGCACGUACGGGGCCUCUGAGGUGGAACCCGAGUUGAUCUUGUCUUUGAGGAAGGACCGGCCUAGGUACGGCGAUGAUGGAUCAAACGGCUCUGAUUCAUCUGUGACCAAACGACACGACCCGUUUUUGUUUGCGAGAAAGUUCUCCUUCGAAUCGAUCCAACCGUUGAUGAGAAUAGCCAAUGACGUCAUAUUCAAAGAUUAGAAUGGCGUUGCUGUAAAUUUGUGAAUCUUACAGAUAAUUGUGUAAAGAGAUUUGAAAAAACAAAAAAGAAAAAAAAGGCCCAAUGGUGGUUUGUCUACUGACAAGUGCUAGU